AUGGGGAAACGAGUAGUAAACGCACUCAUGGUUGGUGCUGGAGAGUACACGACGGGAUCGGUGUUCACCGCCGCCGGAGCUGCGCCGGAUAAACCAGCAGGCGUGGUCGCGAUUACCUUCACCGAUUUGAAACGUCGUGGUCGAAUCAACGACAUGUAUUUAGCCGAUGCGGUUGGAACGAGAAUGCCAGCUGUUCGAGAUACCAUGCGAACGAAGAUUGCGGAAAAGUAUAAAGGCAUGGAAUCCGUGAAUGCGAUCAAAACGUUCCCGAAUGAUGACGUGGCAUUCGAUGCGGAGGCGUAUAAAUUAGCGAUUGCGCAGUGUUCUCCUGGCGACGUCGUCACGAUUUUUACUCCAGACGACACGCACUUUGACAUUGCAAAGGCUUGCAUGGAAGCGAAAUUGCACGUGCUCGUCGCAAAACCUGCGGUAAAAACUUUAGAUAAGCAUCUGGAACUCAUUCAAGUGGCCAAAGAGAACAACGUUUUGUGCUGCGUCGAAUAUCAUAAGCGUUUCGAUCCUCUGUAUACAGACGCUCGAGACCGAGGGGAUUCCCUCGGCCCGUUUUCGUUCUUCAACGCGACCAUGACGCAACCAAAAGCACAGCUCGACACGUUCAAAAAUUGGGCGGGUAAAUCGAGCGAUAUUUCGUAUUAUUUAAAUUCGCAUCACAUCGAUAUCUGCGCUUGGAUUGCCGGAAAGAGUUCGCGACCGACGAAAGUGACAGCGUUUGCCGCCAUGGGCGCCGCGAAUAAGUAUUUAAACGUUUCGGAUAGAAAGAUUGAAGACACAAUCACACUCACAACUGAAUGGGAAAACAAAGAAGAUGGGUCGAAGGGCAUCGGAAUAUACACCGCUUCCUGGAUUGCACCGAAGAGCGACUCGCACACGCAACAAAACUUCCACUAUUGCGGCCAGAACGGUGAAAUUCGCGUGAAUCAAGCACGCAGAGGAUACGAAAUGGCCAUGGACGAUGAGCAGCGCCCGUUUGCGAAUCUCAACCCAUUAUAUAUGAAAUACACUCCAGGAAAAGAUGGUUAUUUUUGCGGUCAAAACGGCUAUGGUUAUCGAUCCAUUCGAAAGAUUUGUCGAAGUCUGCCAACAAAUGAACGACGGCAAGAUUACUAA